GAGCAACAGUGCUAUUUCUAAAUGCUACUGACUUUGACCGGUCAAGAGAAUAUGGCCAAGAAUCUAUUAUUUACUCUUUGGAAGGAUCUUCUCACUUUCGCAUUAAUGCUCGUUCCGGGGAAAUCACUACCACAUCUCUCCUGGACCGGGAAGCUAAAUCAGAAUAUAUACUCAUUGUGCGAGCAGUGGACGGCGGUGUUGGUCACAAUCAGAAAACUGGCAUUGCAACUGUAAACAUCACUUUGCUGGACAUUAAUGAUAAUUAUCCAGUAUGGAAAGAUGAGCCGUACUUCAUUAACCUAGUGGAGAUGACCCCUCCCAACUCUGAUGUCACAACAGUGGUAGCUUUUGAUCCAGACCUCGCAGAAAAUGGUUCUCUUGUCUACAGCAUCAGACCACCGAAUAAGUUUUACAGCCUUAAUAGCACCACGGGGAAGAUUCGGACAACAGGGGUUGUGUUGGACAGAGAGAAUCCAAACUCCCAGGAAGCUGAGCUCAUGAGGAAGAUUGUGGUCUCCGUCACUGAUCGUGGGAGGCCACCAUUACGGGCCACAAGUAGCGCCACUGUGUUUGUAAGCUUGCUGGACCUUAAUGACAAUGAUCCCACCUUCCAGAAUUUACCUUUUAUCACUGAGAUUCCUGAGGGUCUUCCAGCAGGGUCAUCUGUCUUCCAGGUGGUGGCCAUAGACCUUGACAAAGACUUGAAUGGCCAAGUGACAUACCGCAUGCAGGUGGGCAUGCCCAGAAUGGACUUUGUCAUCAACAGCAAGAGCGGUCUUAUCAACUCCACUACUAUUCUAGACAGGGAAAGAAUUGCUGAAUACUACUUGAGGGUAGUAGCAAGCGAUGCAGGGGAGCCAUCCAAAAGUUCUACUAGCACCCUCACUGUCAGAGUUUUAGAUGUGAAUGACGAAAACCCUACCUUCUUCCCAGCUGUCUACAAUGUGUCCCUUCUGGAAAACAUCCCACGUGACUUCAAAGUGGUCCGUCUGAAUUGUACUGACACUGAUGUGGGUCUGAAUGCUGAGCUCAGUUAUUUCAUCACAGGUGGGAACCAGGAUGGAAAAUUCAGUGUCGGCUUUAGGGAUGGAAUAGUUAGAACAGUUGUCAACCUGGAUAGAGAAACCAUGCCAUCCUACACCCUCAUCCUAGAAGCCAUUGAUAAUGGUCCAACAGGCAAACGGAGGACUGGGACUGCGACUGUACAUAUCACAGUGCUGGAUGUCAAUGACAACCGACCCAUCUUUCUCCAGAGCAGUUAUGAAACUACUGUGCCAGAAGAUAUCCCUGACUACAGCAGCAUUGUACAAGUGAAAGCCACAGAUGCAGAUGAAGGUGUGAAUGGCCGUGUGUGGUACAGGAUUGUCAGAGGAAACAAUUUCAACAAUUUCAGGAUCAAUCCCAGCAGUGGGCUGGUCAUGCGGGGUUUACGACCUCUGGACAGAGAACACAAUUCAUCCCACGUUCUUGAGGUGGAAGCUUACAAUAGUGAACAAGGACCAAUGAGAAGUUCUGUCAGGGUAAUAGUCUAUGUGGAAGAUGUCAAUGAUGAAGUACCAGUAUUUACUCAAAGACAAUAUAAUCGGCUGGGUUUGCGAGAGACAGCUGGAAUCGGGACAUCUGUUGCAGUUGUCCGGGCAACAGAUCGCGAUACAGGAAAUGGAGGUCUGGUGAAUUACAAAAUCAUCUCAGGAUCUGAGGGGAAGUUUGAAAUUGAUGAGAGCACUGGCCUCAUUACCACAAUUGACUAUCUGGAUUAUGAGACAAAAACAAGCUACUUAAUGAAUGUUUCAGCCACAGAUCAAGCACCGCCCCAAAACCAAGGAUUCUGCAGCAUUUAUGUCAGUCUCCUUAAUGAAUUAGAUGAGGCUGUGCAGUUCUCAAACAUCACAUAUGAAGCAACCAUCAUAGAGAACAUCCCCUUGGGUUCUGAAGUGCUACGAGUCCAGGCCCGCUCCAUUGACAACCUUAACCAGAUCACAUACAAGUUUGACCCCAAUACUAAUCCUCAAGCUUUGUCUUUGUUCAAAAUAAAUGGAAUCACUGGUGUGAUUACAAUCAGAGGACAGGUGGAUCGAGAGAAGGGAGAGGUUUACACCUUAACUGUUGUGGCAGAUGACGGAAGCCCGAAGCUCGACUCAACUGUGAAGGUUACUAUCACCAUAUUGGAUGAGAAUGACAACAGCCCACAGUUUGACAUUACUUCGGACUCUUCUGUGAGUGUAACAGAGGACAGCCCUGUUGGACGUCGAAUCGCUCUGGUUUUAGCCAGAGAUCCUGAUGCAGGAAAGAACGGGCAGGUUGUUUUUUCUCUAAUAUCGGGAAAUAUAGGCAGGGCUUUUGAAAUUCGUACAACCAACAGCACCUAUGGAGAAGUGUUUGUGGCAAGACUAUUGGACCGGGAACUAAUAGAACGCUACACAUUACAGAUUCAAGCAGCAGACCGAGGUGUCCCAGCUCACAGGAAAGAGCACACCUUAAGAGUCAAUGUCCUGGAUGUUAAUGAUAAUCCUCCAGUCAUUAUCAACCAACAUGGAUACAAUGUUAGCAUCAACGAGAAUGUGGGUGGAGGGACUGCUGUGGCUCAGGUACGAGCAACUGACAGGGACAGUGGCCUCAACAGUGUCCUCUCCUACUACAUCAUCCAUGGCAAUGAAGAACUGACCUUCCGCAUGGAUAGAGUGACUGGAGAAAUUGCCACCCGCCCUUCCCCUCCAGACCGUGAACGACAACAGUUCUAUCAGCUGGUGGUCACUGUGGAGGACGAAGGCAACCCAGCUCUCUCGGCUACAACGACAGUCUAUGUCACCAUCCUGGAUGAGAAUGAUAAUCCUCCAGUAUUCCAGCAGCAGCCGUAUGAAGUCACUUUGGAUGAAGGUCCAGGCACACGGAAUGCUGUUCUUAUCACCAUCAGUGCUGUAGAUCAUGAUGAAGGCUCAAAUGGGACCAUUACCUAUGCCAUCACAGAGGGGAACAUCAUGAGCACCUUUCACAUAAACAGCACUACGGGACAAAUACGUACAAUGAAGGAAUUGGACUAUGAAAUCAGUCACGGGCGCUAUACGCUAAUAAUCACUGCCACAGAUCAGUGUCCAAUUCCGUCACGCCGUCUCACAUCCACUACAAUGGUGUUGAUAAAUUUGAAUGAUAUCAAUGACAAUCAACCAACGUUCCCUCGUUCUUAUGAAGGGCCCUUUGAUAUCACAGAAGGACAACCAGGUCCAAGAGUGUGGACUUUCCUAGCUCAUGAUGGGGACUCAGGACCCAGUGGACAAGUUGAGUACAGCAUUAUAGCUGGAGAUCCUCUUGGAGAAUUUGUGAUCUCACCUGUGGAAGGGGAGCUACGUGUGAGGAAGGAUGCUGAACUUGACCGAGAGAACAUUGCUUUUUAUAAUCUCACCAUUGCGGCUAAGGACAGAGGGGUGCCUUCUCUCAGCUCUGCUGUCAUGGUGGGACUGAAUGUUUUGGACAUUAAUGAUAAUGACCCUGUCCUCCUGAAUCUACCAAUGAAUCUCACCAUCAGUGAAGUUGCUCCCAUCUCCAGCUUCAUCACCCGCAUCCUUGCCAGGGAUGCGGAUAGUGGCAGGAAUGCGCUUUUAACAUUUAGCAUCACAGCAGGGAAUAGAGACAAUGCUUUUUACAUCAAUAGUACAACUGGCAUUGUGUAUGUAAAUCGCCCAUUGGACAGAGAGCGGGUGUCAGAAUAUAGGCUGACAAUAACAGUGAAGGACAAUCCAGAAAACACACGCAAUGCAAGAAGGGAUUUUGACUUACUGGUGAUUACAGUAGCAGAUGAAAAUGAUAAUCACCCUCUCUUCACUCAGAGUUCCUACCAGGCUGAGGUGCUAGAAAAUUCUCCUCCAGGAACUCCCAUCACUGUCCUUAAUGGACCAGUCCUAGCUUUGGACAAUGACAAGGAUAUCAAUGCAGUGUUGACAUAUCAACUGCUUGGAAAAGAAAAGAACCUCUUUACCAUCAACAACAGAACAGGUGUCAUUUCGGUGAAGCCAGGGCACGUGAUAGACAGAGAGGCUUUCUUGAAUCCUGUCUUGGAGUUUCUGGUUGUUGCAACUGACAUUGGCAAAUUGAACAGUACUGCUAACCUCACGGUGACCAUUCUGGAUGAUAAUGACAACAGGCCAACUUUUCACCCAGCAGUCUUGUCUGUUCGGAUACUAGAAAACAGCCCUGCAGGUUUUUCUGUGCUUCAGGUAAUUGCAACUGACAUGGAUAGUGGCCCCAAUCAGCAGCUGAGUUACCGGAUAGAAAGCGGAGCUCAAGAUAAGUUCUUGAUCCAUGCUACUACUGGGGUCAUCAGCGUGGCCAACAUAACUAUAGACCGAGAAGAAAAGGACAGCUACCGCUUGACAGUGGCUGCUACAGAUCAAGGCACACCACCUCUCUCUGGCACUGCCACUGUGAGCGUCCAGAUUGAUGACAUCAAUGAUUCUCAGCCAGAGUUUCUCAAUCCCAUCCAGACCAUCAGUGUCCCCGAAUCAGCUACGAUAGGCACAGUUAUAGCUGAUGUGACAGCAAUGGACAAAGAUCUCAAUCCCCGGCUGGAAUACUACAUCAUUGAAAUCCUGGCCAAAGAUGAUACUGAUGCUCUUGUGCCAGACCAGCAAGGAGUUUUUUCAGUGGACUUUCGAACAGGAGCUGUGAAAGUGAAGUCUACUCUAAACAGGGAACUGGUAGCCUCUUACGAUGUCACAAUCUCUGUCUAUGAUAAUGCCAGUGAUGUGCUUGACCGCUCAGUUAGUGUGCCAAAUGCCAAACUGACAGUAAAUGUUUUGGAUGUCAAUGAUAAUGCUCCUUGGUUCCGCCCUUUUGGGGCAAAAUUUUUCACAGAGAGGAUACUAGAAGGAGCCACUCCAGGGACUACCUUAAUAUCCUUGUCAGCUGUAGAUCCAGACAAAGGUGCUAAUGGGCAGAUCACCUAUCAGUUACUCAACCUCUCACAUGAGGGAUACGUCCAGCUUGAAGACUUCUCAGCAGGAAAGGUAAUUUCAAACCGAACAGUUGACUAUGAAGAGGUCCAUUGGCUGAAUUUUACUGUGCGGGCCUCAGACAAUGGGACUCCACGGAGAUCAGCUGAAAUACCAGUGUACCUAGAAAUUGUGGAUAUCAAUGACAACAAUCCCACAUUUAGCCAGCCAUCUUACCAGAAGCCUGUCUUUGAGGAUGUCCCCCUAGGGACCAUUAUUUUGAGGGUUCGAGCCACAGAUGCUGAUUCUGGACGCUUUGCUCAAAUCCAGUAUAGUUUGGGAGAUGGAGAGGGGAAGUUUGGGAUCAAUCCCAACACGGGAGAUAUCUACAUACUAUCAACAUUAGAUCGAGAAAAGAAGGAUCAUUAUACAUUAACUGCAGUAGCUAGAGACAAUCCAGGGGACAUUUCUAGUAAUCGCCGAGAGAAUUCUGUGCAGGUGUUAAUUACAGUUUUGGACAUCAAUGACUGCCGGCCCCAGUUUGCCAAAAAACAGUAUAGUACCAGUGUAUAUGAAAAUGAGCUAGCUGGGACCUCUGUAAUCACAAUGACUGCUGUUGACCUUGAUGAGGGAGACAAUGGAGUGGUGACCUUCAAUAUUGAAGGACCUGGAGUCGAGGCCUUCAAAAUUCAUAAAGAUUCAGGGCUUGUCACAACUCGCAGACGUCUACAGUCCUAUGAGAGAUUCAACCUAACAGUGGUAGCUACUGACAAAGGAAGGCCACCACUCUGGGGGACUACAAUGCUACGACUGGAGGUUAUUGAUAUCAAUGACAAUCGACCAUUAUUUGUCCGUCCUCCCAAUGGUACUAUUCUGCACAUUAAAGAG